GUGGUUUGUGCUGGGCAGGUUAGUAAGGGAGACUGCCAGUACUGCUGCCUUGUGGCAAAAAGUUGUGUCAUGAUUAGGGCUAUACGAACAUUAUAAACCAAAGUGGCCCGCGUGUAAACAAUUUUGCUUGCUUGCAAGAUCUACUUGUUUGUUUUAUCAAGCGGAAGGUCAUAUUUGCGCAGGAAAAAGAUAUAUGCCAUAUUCGUUUCCAACAAUACAACGUUAAUUUGACACUCAGAGGGCCAUGGGGUAUGUGUGAACAAAAUGGCAGGGAAUUAACAUGCAUGUUGGACACGAAUGGAAGAUCUGUUUGUUGAACUUUGGAAGACGACUGUUUGUGGGCCGCCCUGAGACCAAGCAACGAUAGCUACGCAAUGCAGUUGAAACGGAGGACUGCAGUAAAUGCAGCUGGUACAGAUGGCUUCAGGCACACAAUCAACCAGAGGAGGUGUUGUUGCAGGAUGACAUGGGAAAGGCCUUGCCAGGAGAAACCCACCAUCCCUGGGUGGCCAUACGCCCAACUGUGCUGAAUGCAGUAGGACUACAGGCAAGGAGGGGGUGUGGAAGGGUCAGCCCUUGUGCGAGUGAUCAGGGGGCAUUACUGCCGCUUGUUUGCACUCUGGUUCUUGAAAAGGUCGGGGGUGUCCGGAGCCCAGCAGGCAGCUCCACAGCUUCUGUGAGUGAUGACAUGGCCCUGAGUCACCACCUCCCACCAAUAGGGGACACAGAACCUGGCUUGGAAAAUCCCCCCGGCAAAGACGCUGAUGCUCACGUCUGUGGCAGAUGCUGUGCCGAGUUCUUUGAACUAUCAGAUCUCGAACAACACCAGAAGAAUUGCACUAAGAAUCAAUUAGUUCUGAUAGUAAAUGAAAAUCCGGUCUCUCCUCCUGAAACGUUCUCACCCGGUUCCCCUCCCAAUAAUCCUGAUGAGCAGAUGAAUGGCACAGUUAAUAACACAGAUCAAGAAGAGUGCAGUGACCUCUCGGAGCAUAACGCACUUGACAAAGAAGAGUCCAUGGAUAUGGACCUUUCCGGAAUUCACAGCAGUCACAACGGUGGUGGCAGGCAGAGCAGCAGUAGCAGCAGCAGCAGCAGUAGCAGCAGUUCCGUCAACAACAACAACAACAGCAGCAGUAGUAUUAGGAGCAGUGCUGGUCCUGGCGUGGGAAACUCGGCCGUCUCAAAAUCUCUACCUCAACUAGGUAACCUGGCUGAACUGGGAAACUUCUCAAUGAUUAACAGCAAUGUCAUCAUCGAAAACCUGCAAAGCACUAAGGUGGCCGUGGCCCAAUUCUCUCAAGAAAGCCGCUCCAGCGGCAGCAACAAGGUGGCGGUGCCUGCACUCAUGGAGCAGCUUCUGGCUCUACAGCAGCAGCAGAUCCACCAGUUGCAGCUCAUUGAACAAAUCCGUCACCAGAUAUUACUGCUGGCCUCUCAAAACCCUGAAAUGCCGGUGCCCUCCAGUUCCUCUCAAGGUACAUUAGGGACAUCUGCCAACCCACUGACAACUCUCAGCUCUCAUCUCUCCCAGCAGCUGGCUGCGGCUGCAGGAUUAGCACAGAGCCUGGCGAGUCAGUCUGCCAGUAUCAGCAGCCUGAAACAACUGACUGCAGCAGCACAGCUACCUCAGACCAACCCCGGCAGCAGCAUGGCACCACCGCGCAGCGAUUCAUCUCAGAACAUGGGCUCUAUGGUGGCAUCGGUGGUGAACGCCCAGCCGUCUGAAAAGCAACCCGCUCAUGCUAGCAGCCUGCACCCCCAUCUUAGCAACACACCGCUCGUAAAAUCAUCCACACCGGCCUUCACAAUAGGUAGCUUGUUGAACCCUGCAGUGAAACCGCGUCUACCUCAGCCCCCUCCCGCAUCCAUGUUCUCCAGCUCUCUUCCCAGCAUCAGUACACCUGUGGACGACCUGAACUCUUUGGCUGUCCUGGCACAGCAAAGAAAAGGCAAGCCACCCAAUGUUACGUCUUUUGAAACCAGGAGCAGCUCCGAAGAGGCAUUCUUCAAACACAAGUGCAGGUUUUGUGCCAAAGUGUUUGGGAGUGACAGUGCCUUGCAGAUCCACUUGCGAUCUCACACUGGGGAGAGACCAUACAAGUGUAACAUCUGUGGGAACCGCUUCUCCACCCGCGGGAACCUGAAGGUCCACUUCCAGCGGCACAAAGAUAAAUAUCCCCACAUCCAAAUGAAUCCAUAUCCAGUCCCGGAGCAUUUGGACAAUAUUCCAACUAGCACCGGCAUUCCAUACGGCAUGUCAAUGCCCCCAGAGAAGCCAGUAACUAGUUGGCUAGACAGCAAGCCAGUUCUCUCAACCUUGACCACUUCAGUUGGCCUGUUGCUCCCUCCAACAAUGCCCAGCUUGCCCCCUUUCAUUAAGAAAGAGGAGAAUCACUCUGUUGCAAUAACCAGCCCUUCCAGUUCUCUAAAAAGUGACUCAGGUGCUGCAGAGCCCUCUAUGAAAAGCAACGAUGGCAUAUCAGAAGAAGGUGAAGGUGGCACUUUGCCUACCUCAAAUGGAAGAGCAGAAGAGAGCAACCAGCCGGCACCAAUCUACACACGUGUUAGCUCUGCUCCUGAGAGCUUUUUAGACUAUGCCUCAACCAACAGUCCCCCCAUGACCACAAAUCCACUUAUGCCCCUAAUGUCUGAGCAGUUCAAGGCUAAGUUCCCCUUCGGAGGCCUCCUCGACCCCAUGCAGGCAUCGGAGACCUCCAAGCUGCAGCAGCUGGUGGAGAACAUUGACAAGAAGGUGACUGACCCAAAUGAGUGUGUUAUCUGCCACAGGGUGCUCAGUUGCCAGAGUGCCCUGAAAAUGCACUACCGCACACACACCGGCGAGAGGCCCUUCAAGUGUAAAGUAUGUGGUCGAGCAUUCACUACUAAAGGGAACCUCAAAACCCACUACAGUGUCCACCGUGCCAUGCCUCCAUUGAGGGUCCAGCACUCCUGUCCCAUCUGCCAGAAGAAGUUCACCAAUGCUGUGGUCUUGCAGCAGCACAUCAGGAUGCACAUGGGUGGGCAGAUCCCCAACACCCCCCUCCCAGAUAACUACCCGGAAUCCAUGGAAUCUGACACGGAUGAGAUGAUGGAUGAGAGAAACUUUGAUGACAUUGAUAACUUUUCUGACGAGAACAUGGACAAUAUGGAGGACUGUCCUGACGGCAGCAUCCCAGACACACCCAAAUCUAUUGAUGCAUCCCAGGAUAGUCUCUGUUCCUCCCCCAUGCCCUUGGACAUGAUGGGGGUGGCAGGCCUUGAGAGCCAGAUGAAGAUGGCCCACCAAGGGAUUAUGGAGGAGCUGCAUGCCAGCAGGUUUAAGUCACUUGAGAAUGGCUCACUAGAAGGCGAUCAUCUCACCAAUGACUCCUCAUCUUUCGGAGGGGACUUUGAUAUCCAAAAUGUGGGAAGUCCAGCUAUGUCUGAAUCUACCUCUUCUAUGCAGGCACCUUCCCCCAUCCCAAGUGCACACCUGCACCGGAAAUCCCCCAGCAUUGAAGAGAGACAGCAGGCGGCUUCAUCCGAGCCCAUCUGUGCAGGCCUCAUGCAGUCUGGUUCCACGGGCAUGGGGGCCUUAGACUUGACAUCUUGCAACCCGACAAAAGACCCUCUGACCAUGGUCUUCCCUUUCCGUGAGCGGGGCACCUUCAAGAACACGGCAUGCGAUAUCUGUGGCAAGACGUUCGCCUGUCAGAGUGCCUUGGACAUUCAUUACCGAAGCCAUACCAAAGAGAGACCAUUUAUUUGCACUGCCUGCAACAGGGGCUUUUCCACUAAGGGUAAUCUCAAGCAGCACAUGCUCACCCACCAGAUGCGAGACCUGCCCUCCCAGCUCUUUGAGCCAUCUAAUCCCAGCCUCACUUCCAGCUCGAGCCCCUCCCUCCUUGCCGUCAGUUCCCUGUCCUCCAUGAUCAAGACAGAGGUCAAUGGCUUCUUGCACAGCUCUUACCAGGACUGCAAGGAACCUGUGGUCAGUCUGGUCACUAAUUCUGCUGCCACAUCUCCAGUGCUGUCUGCUGCACCACCACGCCGAACACCCAAACAGCACUACUGCAACACCUGUGGGAAGACCUUCUCGUCCUCCAGUGCCCUGCAGAUCCAUGAAAGGACCCACACUGGAGAAAAGCCCUUCGCUUGUACCAUCUGUGGUCGGGCAUUCACUACCAAAGGCAAUCUCAAGGUUCACAUGGGAACACACAUGUGGAACAGUGCCCCAGCCAGACGGGGCCGGAGGCUCUCAGUGGAUGGCCCCAUGGCCUUCCUGGGAACCAAUCCUGUCAAGUUCCCCGAGAUCUUCCAGAAGGAUAUGGCAUCCCGGGCUGGCAGCGGGGACCCCACCAGCUUCUGGAACCAGUACGCGGCUGCCUUCUCCAACGGCCUGGCCAUGAAGACCAAUGAGAUCUCAGUCAUUCAGAACGGGGGCCUCCCGCCUCUUUCAGGGAGCAUUGGGAAUGGGGGAAGUUCGCCCAUCAGUGGCCUGACAGGUAGUCUUGAAAGGCUGCACAACUCAGAACCUAACGCCGCUCUGGUGGGACUGGAGAAAAUGGCUAAUUCAGAGAACGGGAACCACUUCCGCUUCACUCGCUUCAUAGAGGACAAUAAAGAGAUUGUCACCAACUAGUAGAGCUCAGAUUAACAUUCCCCAGACGUAUACACAAAUACACAGGCGAGAGAAACGUACACCAGAAAAAGCACCAGAAGACAAGAAAUGUAGAGCUUGGGGCUUGCCUUGGAAACUUAAUGAACUAAAAGGUUAAGAGGACAUGCUUUUUUGUACAAUGUACAACAUAUAGUUUUAAGGAGUUUAUUUAUUAGUGAUUAUAACCUUGCUUGGAAUCAAGUGGAAGCAUUAACAAUUUCUUUAGUUUUCUGUUCUUUAGCCAGAAUGGAUUUGUAUGAGUGCUUAAAAAUGUGCUUUUGAAACUUAGCAUUUGCAACCAUACCUGGGUAGAUUACCUUGGCAUUAAAUUAUUUUAUAUAUGUAGUAUAUAUAACAACCUUUGAUGUUCAUGUAAUGCAUUAGAUCUUUAAUAAAGCAGAAAAAGGCUGUAAAUACCGUCCACUGUUCUGUGCUGGAAAGUCUGCCAGCUGUAUGUUACCCUUCUUCCUCUAAAAAAAGAGACUGCAGACAAGGGGCUAAAAACCCUUAGUACUUUUCUUCUGAACAGUUUUUUCAACUUUAUUAAAAAAAAUGAAUAAAAACAUUUCAUUUGUUUUGUAGAAUUAACCCCCUUUGUUGUAUUGUGCUUCUGGCCUGAAGAUUAUUCUUUUUCUGUUUGUUUUGUUUCUUGCUGUAAAGGUAAAAGCAAGAUCGCUAUUUAGAGGAGAGGAUUUCAAGAAAGCGUCGUCUUGGUAGAUUGAACUGAGAAGACGAAAAAAAGCCUCAAGGGUGUUAUAAAGUGCUGGAUUUCCAUAAUGCUGCUAUGAUUCAGCAUCGUCGUUGACGUCACAUGCAAACUAUGUAGAUGGUUCUGUAAAUGUCAUGUGGAACAAAUUCCAAUACCACAAAUGUACAUAAAAUGCCUCACAAGACAAGGUCCAUCUUGACCAGGGGACAAAGUGUUUUAUAAAUAUGUAUAUAUGGUUCGAAAACCUUGGGACUGUUACAUGCACUUUCUUGGAAAGUUGGAAGAUCUUUACUGGGUCCAGUUUCUCUACAGUUUAAUACAUACUAACAGCUAAGAUACUGUAAUUCUUACUCUAA